AUGUAUGGAGAGGGACUAGAGGGGAGAGGUGUUGGAGUUCAGUUAGCCGACUACGAAGUGAAAACUGCAAUGGGAAAUGGAGGAACCUGGAGCGCCAAUGAUCAGCGAGAUAAGCAAUUCCUUCCUUUCCAAUUAUUUUUCAAGUUUUUUCUGACUUAUUUUUUCCCCAACACUGUUAUUGAUGCUUCUUUUCAGGAUAAUCAAAAUCCAGGUGCAAACACUUUCGUUCUUGAUGGCUAUCCUAUGCGUAGCAGCAAGCCUGAACAAUUUUCGCCUCCAAAGUUUCUGAGAUUUUCCAUUCAUAAAGCUGUCAUUUCUGCUCAUACUUUGAGCUACAAGAGAGGGCAUUACAUUGAGUACAAGAAACAUUUUCAGCAGCUCGUGGAGAUCGCGCUCGAAGCGAAAAAAUACAAGCGUCGCAGAAGAGCCGAAAGA